AUGCUUAACCUCAUCACAACGUCCGCUCCGCAGUCCAUGGACAACCCAUCGAUAUCACAAAAGCAGUCACCGCAGGUUGCAAACCACCAAAUGAUGCCUCACUCAUAUCCCGCGGCUGGGAAUAUCCCGUUUUCACAGUCCCUACAACACUUGACACCAAUGAUGUCUCCGCAUAUCGUGAAUCCCAACGAUACUACCGAUCUCCUCUACGAAUAUUUCCCACUGGGAUUGGAUGACUGGCAAGCUCCUGUGGAUGCCGUCUACCGUCCCCAUGUGGUGCACCAUAUGAAUAUGCCAGACGAUCCCAAAACCAUCGCCGCGCGGAACCGGACGGAUGAUGACAACACCGCAAAGCUUGUUUUCGAAGAUCGAUCAGCACUCAGCCGGUCAAAGCCACUUGGCUCGAAGGUUCAACAAUCGUCAUUGGUAACUCCCACCUGCGGAGUGGUAUCGAGCGAAAGCAGCUCCUCGGGUUCUCCGCACAUUCUCGACCAAGUCGAAUGCGGAGAUUUAUAA